GAACAGACGACAAAAAUAUUUCCAAGUCCAAGAUUUCUUUUAAUGGUGAAACAGUAAUGCAAACAACAAUGACUGGAGAACUUAAAGAACAGUGGGUUUCCCGUGUGAUCAGUUAUUCAUCACAGUAUAACAGUGGGAAUUGGGCAGCUGAUAGUAUAAUAGGUAAACCUCGAGUAUACCCAAAAUAUGGUGAUAUUCCUGGAGCAUGGGCCCAAGGACAAAAAGAUUCAAAACAGUUUAUUGAGGUGGAAUUUGAACAAGAAAUCUACAUACAAAAGAUAGAAAUAUAUGAAACCUACCAUGCUGGGGCUGUAAAAUCAAUUUCUGCUAGGAAACCAAACAAUAAUUAUGAAGUUAUAUGGAACACAAAAUCAGUUACUAACAUGAACUGCAGCAGAAUAUUUUCACCAGAUUUAAAGAGACUUUCAUUUCUAUGUAAGGUUUUGAGGAUUAAUAUAGACUGUACAGCAUCAAAAUCAUGGGUGGAAAUUGAUGCUAUAAAAAUUACUGGAACAGUACCAUAUCCUCACAACCAGACAGCACCUUCGCCAGUUAUCAAUAACCAGCCAGAGCAUAACCCAAACAAUGUUGACCAGUGGGUAUCCAGAGUUGUUAACUAUUCUUCCCAAUAUGAUGAUAACUCCUGGCCUGCAUCUUGUAUUGCUGGAGAACCAAGAGUCUAUCCAAAGUAUGGUGAUAUAUCAGGAUCAUGGGCCCAGGGGACCUUAGAUGCUAAUCAGUUUGUUGAGGUAGAAUUUGCAGAAAAGAUUUUCAUAGAAAAAAUAGAUAUUUAUGAGACAUAUCAUGCAGGAGCAGUGAAGAAAAUUUUAGCCAAACGUCCAAAUGGAGAGUGGUGUACGGUGUGGGAGACAACAAGGGCAUUCUGUCAGAACAGCAGUAGGAUAUUUUCACCAUCAUUUCAGAAAUUGAAUUUUCGAUGUAACGCACUGAGAAUUAAUGUUGAUUGUACUGUAUCUGGAUCAUGGGUGGAAAUUGAUGCCAUCAAAAUCUCAGGAACUAAGUUCAAUUUUGACAUCCCACCAGCACCAAAUGAUAUCACGAAUGAUUUAGCCAAACUUGUCAAUAGUUCAGUGUUUAGUGAUAUCCAGUUUGAUGUAAAUGGAGUUAAAUUCCUUGCUCACAGAGCCAUCUUGUGUAUCAGAUCUGAGUACUUCAGGGCUAUGAUUCAUUUUGAAGAAAAUGGUUCAAGGGCUCAUGGACAAGGAACAACACAACCAACUGCCCCUCCCCUGCCAUCUGAAGAAGUGUAUCAACCUGAACAGAUGUGUAAUGCACUUCCAUCGUAUGACUCUGUAACUCAAUACCAACCUGAGAUGCCCUCAGGACCAGUGUCUGGACAAGUGCCUGGACCAGCUCAAUAUUACAACCAACAACAAACCCAGGCUCAGUCACCAAUAAAACUGAAGGAUGUGGAGCCAGGAGUAUUUGCUGUUGUAUUACAUUAUGUAUACACAAACAGAAUUCGACCAUUUUGUUCACCACAUGUUCUACCACAUGUCUGGAGAAUUGCUGAUAGAUUUGCUAUGGAUGGUUUAAAGGCGCUGGCUAUCUUACAACUGAAUACUUCAUUAACAAUAGACAAUGUUAUAGAUAUUUAUCAAAAUGUGAUAUACGGACUUCCUGUUAGUGAUAACAUGAAAGAUGUGUGUGAACUUUUUAUGCAGAAUCAUAUGGCAGAGGUUGUUAGACAUAGAACGUUUAUGAAUUUAAACAAAAAACUUGUGGCAGAAUUAACAAGGAAAAUGGUUAAAACUGGGAAAUAAAUUGAUAGGCAUAGCGAAGAAUGUUAAACAAUGUAACAAGAUAUUUAUAAGAUAGAAUUAGUAAGAUUCUUAUUAAAAUAAAUUAAAUGAAGUUAAGUAUUUGAGAGAUUAGUCUUGGAUAAAAUGACUUAAGUUAAGGGAUAACACUUCUAAACCAGGAGUGAGGCUUUGAGAGAUUCUGAUGAAUCUAUUGAGUUAAAGAUAUACAAAGCAGUUUUCAUCACUAUAAAACUAUUGAAGCUGUAAAGACAAUUACUAUAUAGAAUACAGAAAUUGAUGUUAAUAUGACACUUACAUGUAAUUACAGAUGCUGUAAGACAAAUUAACAUAUAAUUUAACGAUCAAAAGUAGCAGAUGUAGAUAAUGUGGGCAUUAGAUUGAAUUAGUACUUGAUAUUGAUACAUCAUAGAAGUUACCAUUCAAUUGUCAAUCAAAUAAGUCAUUAAUCAUUUCUACAGUAUGAUCAAAAGGAAAAUAUUUGUUUUCUUUUAUUGGUUUUCUGAUUUUUUUCUAUAAUUUUCUAUUUAAGAUGGGUUUAAUAUUUUUGCCCUACUGUGGAUUCAUUUAUUUUUGUUGAAACCAAUUUUCGUGGAUUGAGGAAAAAUUGUAUUUUCGUAGAUAUUUGAUUUUGUUUUUUUGCCAAAGUCUGCAUACAAGUCUAUAGAAACUUAUACUUUGUUGAAUGUUGAAAGUCAUGGUUCACCUAUACCCACGAAAUCCACAAAAAUUAGUAUCCCACGAAUAAUUAAGAAUCUGCAAUAUUUCACUUUUGACAAGAAAAUUGAUCAUCCUGAAAAUGUAUGAAAUAUUUGUGAUUGGAAAUUAUGCAGUCAAUGAACAUUCAAUCAAUCAAGAUCAUUUAAACUAAUUUUCUUUCUUAGUUUUUGCCUAUAUAGAGGGUUUACCCAUUUACAUUGAACUACAAAAAUAUUACAGUAAACAAUAUAAAACAAAUGGGAAUAACUUAAAUUUGUAAUCAUUAGUUUUAAUUUUUUUCAUGCAGUAAUAGUGUAAUACUGGUAAAUAUUUUUAGAAACAUUUAAUUCUUUGUUAUGAAAUUUUAUUAAUUAUUACUGUUUUUUUAUUAAUUGUGUUCUUUUAAACAGGGUAAGUGUCUUAACUUUUUUUACACUAUAAUUGUGCAAUGUGUAGGUUUUUUUUGUAUUAAAAAGAUUCCAAUUUCAAAGCAUGACUCUUUUUAGUUUAUUAAUGCUUUCAAAGUUAUUAUUGUCUUCAACUAUAUCUCUUUUGAAAAGGGUAGUUUCAAAAAUAUAAAAUAUAUGAUUUUUAAACUAUUUAAUAUUUUUGUCGAGAAUGCGAGACAUAGCGAUCCUAGAUUCUGUCGUCGGCGUCAGCAUCAUCAACAUUUAGGUUCAGUCUGUGGUUAACGUGUUUUUAGACAUUAUUAACUUUGUCAAACCUUCAUGGAAUUUUAUGAAAUUUGGACAGAAGCUAAGAUGUUUAUGACCAAAAUAAAGUAUCCAGAGUGAAAUUUUGAAAAUAUUCAUUUUCAUUUUUCCAUAUUUUACUGAUAAAUGUACUUAGUUAUUUAACAGUUACCAAGUUGAUACAGUCUGGGAUUAAAGUUUGUUACAGGUCAAUUACUUUGUCAAAGCUUUAUAUAAUUUUAUGAAACUUUGGCAGAAGCUUUUUUAUGAUUAAGAGAUAAUGUCUGAAGCAAAC